ACCGCCAUCUUCCAGUAAUUUGCCAAAAUGACCAACACAAAGGGAAAGAGGAGAGGUACCCGCUAUAUGUUCUCUAGGCCUUUUAGAAAACAUGGAGUUGUUCCUUUGGCCACAUACAUGCGAAUCUAUAAGAAAGGUGGUAUUGUGGACAUCAAGGGAAUGGGCACUGUUCAAAAAGGAAUGCCCCACAAAUAUUACCAUGGCAAAACUGGAAGAGUCUACAAUGUUACUCAGCAUGCCGUUGGCAUUGUUGUAAACAAACAAGUUAAGGGCAAGAUUCUUGCCAAGAGAAUUAAUGUCCGCAUUGAGCAUAUUAAACACUCAAAGAGCCGAGGUAGCUUCCUGAAGCGUGUGAAGGAAAAUGAUCAGAUAAAGAAGGAAGCCAAAGAGAAAGGUACUUGGGUCCAACUGAAGCGGGAGCCUGCCCCACCCACAGAAACACACUUUGUGAGAACCAAUGGAAAGGAGCCUGAACUGCUGGAACCCAUUCCCUAUGAAUUCAUGGCAUGAUAACU